AUGUCGAAAAUUGUUGCUAUUGGUUCAUGUAGUACUGAUAUGUUCUUUUAUACAUCAAAAUUGCCUAACCCUGGACAGACAAUACAUGGAAAACAAUUUACUUUAGACUUUGGUGGUAAGGGAGCAAAUCAAUGUAUUGCUGCACAGAAACUUGGAGCUGAUACUGUAUUUAUUGGUUGUGUUGGAUCAGACUAUUUUGGUAGAGAUAUUAUAAGUAAUUUUGAACGAUGGGGAGUAGACACUCAAUUUAUAUCAAAAAAAUCAGUUGAUACAGGAGUAGCACAGAUUAAUGUUACUGAUAACGGAGAAAAUUAUAUCAUUAUAGUAGCUGGAGCUAACAGUACAUUACAAAAAGAGGAUGUGGAUAAAGCAUAUGAUUUAUUACUCAAGGAGACUAGUGUUGUACUAUUUCAAUUUGAAACACCGCUGGAAACAACAGAAUAUAUACUUAAUAAGCUUUCUACAGCCAACAGUAAAUGUUGUAAAAUUGUUAAUGGUGCUCCAGCUUAUACAAAUUCUUAUCAGAAUAUACUUAAAUUAGCUGAUAUAUUUUGUGUUAACGAAUCCGAGGCAGAAAUUUAUACAAAUUGUAUAAAGAAAAUUAAUAGUAUUGAAUCAGCCAAUGAGGUGUUAUCUUUACUUUUAAAACAAGGAUGUAAAAUUGUAAUAAUUACAUUAGGAUCUCUAGGUGCCGUAUUUGCAUCUAAAGACGAACGAGAACCACAGUGGGUUAAAGUGCCAAAAAUAGAAAAUCCUAUUGAUACCUCUGGCGCUGGUGAUGCAUUUUUGGGAUCUCUGGCUUAUUUUAUUGUUCAUACACCAAAUUUGAGUUUAUAUGAACAAAUUAGAAGAGCAUGUAUUAUAGCUACUAGGACAGUUCAAUUUCAAGGAACUCAGAAAAGUUAUCCAUUAAAACAUGAUUUACCUGAAGAACUUUUCAAUUAA